UUCCACCUGAGCACAUUCUCAGUUGAGCUUUCAUACUUUUCAUCACCAGCCAAUUCCCUGCCAACUUGGCUUUUCAACAACACUUUAGCAUAAUUAAAUACGCCAACAGUGCAACAAACAGAAUGAAAAUCUCUCAGUGGAGCGAACACAACCUUGUGGGUCUUGUCCGUUUUAGAUUCACCCUUUGACUGGAAAAAAUAUCGACUUGUCACUUGCCACCUACUUCAACAGACGACAGCCGUACGUUAACACCCGUCAGGUUUCUGGCUGCCCGCUGCUUUGGUUUUUUAGUGACUCGUUGCAUUCAUCCAACACACACUCCCACUCUUUCACACCUCAACCCUUCCUGUGUACGGCUGACCUUUUUGGACGGGACUACUCCACGUUUUUGAUGUGCUGGAAUAUCCUCCACGGGACUACCCCACGUUUUUGGAUAAGUGCUGGACUUAAACCCCACUUUUCUGAUUAACUGCGAGACAUAAACUCCACUUUUAAGUACGUGCAAGACUAAAAUCCCUCCUAUAGCACAAGACUAAGUCCCUGCUUUCUGGUCGACGCCGGGAUGGACUUCUCCUCCCCCCCUGUGGCAUGGGAAGCGCUUACACGCGCAUGCACAAGAAGGGUUGCACUCACAGUUCGUGACUCCUCGUCUGUCCUCCUUGAUGGUGUCCUGAAUUCGGAAUGCCGUCAAUCCACGAUCCCGGGGAGGAAGCUGAUGCAACUGGCCACGGAAAGUAGGACUUCUUUUUCAGAACUCGUCUGGCUGUGCACAGUCUUCAGUCGCCGUCAGCAACACCCCCGAGGACCACAGAUAUGUUGGCAUCCGGCUCGAAGGACCAAGUUACGAUAGGGUUAUUUUAACUAACACGUUCACCAAGGAAGGAGACAGACGUAAGAAAUCAAGAAACCUGAAUUAAGUAACUUUGCAAAGUGAGAGCAGCUGCAAGAACAAGCACCAUGCUUUUCUCUCCCAACUCCUCUGAUGUGCCUGUCCCUGCGCAGCUCUUUUUAUUAAGCCUUGAAGAUUUUAUCUACUACAAUGACAUCUACUCGUUCUCCUUGGACAUUUUCUCUUGGUCACGGCUCUCUGUGUCAGGCGUUGCCCCCUCGCCACGCUCCGCCUGUCAGAUGACCUCUACGCCUGAUGGCUCCGGUGUCAUCAUCUAUGGAGGAUACUCCAAACUGAGACUGAAAAAGGACAUUGACAAGGGAACGAUCCACUCUGACAUGUUUCUCCUCAGGCAAGAGGGUAAAGUUGGCCAAGAGAAGUGGACAUGGUCCAGAUUGAGCCCAUCAGGAAACAAGCCGCCUCCCCGCUCUGGCUUCUCCAUGGCGGUUGGCCCGUCAGGGCGCGCCGUGUUGUUCGGUGGGGUUUAUGAUGAGGAAGAGGAGGAGACGCUGGAGGGUGACUUCUACAAUGACCUCUACUUGUUUGAUACAGUCAAGAACCGCUGGUAUCCUAGUCAACUCAGGGGUAACAAGACGGACAAGAAGAAACGUCGGCGAGGGAAGAAGGAUGAAGCUGGGGGGGAGGCGGCAGAUAAGGAGAAAGAAGAAGAUGCUCCCACAGGGCCCACUGAGGUCAUCAAGGAGAUUGUUACAGAAGAUGGCACAGUGAUGACCAUCAAGGAACUAAUCCCCGAAGCUCAGGAAGCGGACGAGACAAAUGCCGAUGAUGAAGAGGAGGAGGAAGAGGAGGAUGCAUCAGCCAUUGUGGAGCCCUGCCCACGCUCCAGUGCCAUGGCAACGGUGCGUCAGGGCAAGCUCUUUCUCUACGGCGGGAUGUUUGAGGUGGGCAGCCGCCAAUUCACCUUGAACGACUUCUACUGUCUGGACCUCCACAAAAUGGACCAAUGGGAGGUCUUGGUUGAGAUGGAUCCAAAGACCCAAGAAUGGCUGGAAGAGUCUGAAUCAGAGGACAGUGAUGAGGAACAGGAGGUGGAAGGAGGAGCAGAGGGAGGGGAAGAGGAGUCUGAUAAGGAAGAUGAAGAUGACCAUCCAGCAGCGAAGCCCGGGGAGACGCUGACAGAAUACCAGGCCCGCACAGAGCAAUACUGGAUACGACUCACACGCGCCAACAUGGGUGCAGAUGCUAAGGACAAAAAAGUCGUCAAAGUCGCCUUAGCCAUGGCUAAAGUCUUCUAUGAAGACCACACGGAGGGUGCUUAAGCAACUUUGGCCUUACUUUGUAAAAUACAUUAUGUGUAUGUUUUUAUGCAUGAUAUACCAUAGAACCUGUCUAAAUAGUCCAUCCAUUUUCUGAGCCGCUUCUCCUCACUAGGGUCGCGGGCGUGCUGGAGCCUAUCCCAGCUGUCAUCGGGCAGGAGGCGGGGUACACCCUGAACUGGUUGCCAGCCAAUCGCAGGGCACAUACAAACAAACAACCAUUCGCACUCACAGUCACACCUACGGGCAAUUUUAGAGUCUCCAAUUAAUGCAUGUUUUUGGGCUGUGGGAGGAAACCGGAGUGCCCGGAGAAAACCCACGCAGGCACGGGGAGAACAUGCAAACUCCACACAGGCGGGGCCGGGGAUUGAACCCGGGUCCUCAGAACUGUGAGGCUGACGCUCUAACCAGUCGUUCACCGUGCCGCCUGUGUAAAUAGUCAAAUAAUAAGAAUUACUUUGAACACAAGAAAGAAGGUGCAUUGAAUCUCAAACAUUUUUGUGUGCACGUUGCAUGUUCUUACUGUGCUUGUGGGAACAAGCUUUCGUCGCACACUUCAAAAACAAGUUAGGUUGAUUGAAGACUCUAAAUUGCUCAUUGGUGUCAAUGUGACCCGAAACUCUAGGGUAUCAGAGCUGUAUAAACCCAAGCCCCCAAAUAAGCGAUAUGGAAAAUGGAUGGAUUACUAGACAUUUAUUGAUAAAGCUGUUACCUGUGUAACACUGUAAAAGAUCACAUAAGAUUACCUUUAUUAGUCCCAAAAUACGGCAAUGUAGGUAACGGUGAACAGUGUGUUAAAAGUUCAUUUACCGCUGCAUCAGAAAUGAAUCACAUUUCAAAAUAUGUUCAAUAUUGAGACCCGACUCAUCAAAUUUUGUUUUCAGUCAAACUAUUAAAAAUCGAACCCGCAUUAUUCAUCAUGGUCAGCAGAGGGCGACUAGUGGCUGCGGUCACAAGAAAAUCCCCCCUACUUUUGUUUUUUUCACAGUGAAGUUAUGCAUGGAUUCCAUACAUACUAAUCCAUAGUGGCGCUACAUUAGUGCUGAGGCAAUUUUGCACUUAACACCAACUUUAAAUGUGUAAAAAGCUACAAAUUCCACAUAAUUUCAUUUGUUUUGUGUUCAUUGUGUAUACAGUAUAUAGGAUUUUAAAAAGUUUAAAUGAUUGCUUGUAUUGGGAUGUUUUGAGAACAUUUUAGAAGAGUGAGGCUUGUAUAAGAAAAAAAAAAUCGAAGGAAAUGGGACAAAUGUGUGGUGAAAACAAUGUUUCCUAUGAUUUUGGUUACU